AUCAAGAAUGUUAAUUUAGGCGAAGGAAAUUUUUGGACAAUCUGCAGAAGGAGGAGGUGAGGAGGGCGGCGCGGGGGAAGGUGAGGAUGAAUUCGAAGAAAUGAUUGGUAAUGCCAGCAGUAAACUGCUUCCGCAUUUUGUCAUCAGUCUUAAAGCCUCGGACGAUUUUCUGAACGCAAGAGUUAUGGCACUUCCAGAAAGUCAAAUACAAAAUACACAUUAUGACGAGAAAGGCAUGAUUCGACGGCUAGCAGAGUUCCGAGCUAAUAAUACGGAGGACAACAGCAUGCUGAAUUUUUUCGACGAGAUCGAAAUUCAUCCGAUAAUAAUAAACAUAGAGGACGAUGAUUUAACUUUGGAUUGCAUUCUGGAAUACCUUUCUACGAUUGUUGGUGAGCCGAACACGUUUGGGCUAACUCCCGAGGAAGAAGUAGAGCUGAACCGUUUGCAGGAAGAGAACGAGAGACUCAGAGAGGAGCAAGAAAAAUUAAGAGCAAAAGCUGAGGAAAAUGAGUGUCAGAUCGCGUUUCAAGACAAAAUGGAGGAGUGGACUGAUAUGCUGCAAAAGUACCAAAAAGAAGAAGAAAAAGUUUUAACGGCCAAAGCGGAACCGUUAAGAUUUUACCUAAUGAGAUACGUUUUUCCAGUUCUUAUUAGAGGCUUAGUUGAGACUGCGAAGGUUAAGCCACCUGAGCCUUUGACUUUUCUGGCGGAAUUUUUGUUUAAGGAAAAUCCUGAAGGAAAAAUGUUCGAUCCCUCGUAUACAGAGGAUGGGGAAACUCUUUUAGUUCAGUAUGAGACUAAUAUUGAAGGUGUAAUGCUGGAAAAUAUACCUGAUGCCUAA